AUGCCUAUGUCACUCUGCGCCGACGUGGACAAGACCCUGGCCCCCGUCGUCGCCGGGCUCACCGGCCACGGCCCCCCUCGUGCCGAGGUCGCGCGCCUCGUCUCGCUCGGCCGCCCCAUCUUCCGCAAUAGAUCCCUCCCAUCCAACCUACCCUACUACCUAUCCCUCUUCGGAUCCUACGAGAACCUCCUUACGUUACUCAACCAGAGCCCCCAUCUCCUCGGAUACAGCCUGGAGAAGGUGGUCAAGCCCAAUGUCGCAUUCCUGCGGGAGUGCGGGCUAGGAGAUUGCAUUCUGUCUAAGGUGCACCGCUAUACGGCACAGAUACUUGGCGCCAAACCAGAGCGCCUCCCUGCAAUGUUGGCAUGCGCUCAAGGUCUCGGUGUACCCCGUGGAUCUCCGAUGUUCAAGCAUGUGCUAUACGCCGUGGCAAUGGUCGGCGAGGAUAAAAUCGCUGCCAAAGUGGAUUACUUGAAGGAAACUUUCGGGUGGUCGGAUGCUGAGGUAGGUAUUGUUGCUUGUAAGACUCCACAGCUGCUGCAGAGGUCUAAGGACACGCUGCGCCGCUUGUCCGAGUUCUUUAUCUCUGAGCUGGGUUUGGAACCCACAUACAUUGCUCAUCGGUACUACGCGGUAAAGUUUCUCAAGAAAAAUGGAUUCGUCAAGUGCUUCCCGAGCUACUAUACAAUUUUCCUGAGGACCGACAAGGUAUUCGUGGAGAGGUACAUAUGCCCUCACAUGGAAGCUGCUCCGCACCUCUAUGAAGACUAUGUUGCCGCUUGCAAAGGGGAAGUGUCCACUAGAUUCUUAUCUGCUUGA